AUGGCUCUGCUGCCGAGGACCGCUCGGCUGGCCCUCACGGCGGCGCAGAGGGCGGCCCCGAUCCAGACCGCUCUGCCGUAUUCCUCCGCCGCGUCGUCUCCGUCGCCGGCGCCAUACGCUCGCCCCCCGCCGCCGUCCACAUCGUCCCCCGCCGGUCUGCCGAAGGCGGUGGAAUAUGUGAUAUCUAAGGUGGACGAUCUGCUGAACUGGGCGCGGCGCGGGUCGAUCUGGCCCAUGACCUUCGGGCUCGCGUGUUGCGCUGUCGAGAUGAUGCACACCGGCGCGGCGCGGUAUGAUUUGGAUCGCUUCGGUGUCAUCUUCCGGCCCAGCCCUCGACAGUCUGAUUGCAUGAUCGUCGCUGGAACUCUCACCAACAAGAUGGCUCCUGCCCUCCGCAAGUAUGCUCGAUUCUAUCUCCUGCGUUUUUCUCACCGCAUAUUAUUAUCGGCGACAUUUGCCUACAUUUUUCAUGUCACAUGUGGAAUCUAUCCGUUUAAAUGAAAGAAGUUCGGACUCAAAUUCCUCUAGAAUGAUAGGUUAGACUUGCCCUCUACUUUCGGUUAUAUUGCCCAUCACUAGAACCAUUUUCUUAAGUUUUUGUUACCUGAUGCGCAUUUCGAUGACGUUCGUUGAACAUCAUGGUUGGGGGUUUAAAUAGAAUAUCAAGCCAAUGACCUUUUUUUCUGUCAGAUUUUUCUUUCCUUGCCUUUGUUAGGUUUGAUUUUCGGUUAAAUCUUCUGAGCAUUCAAUGCUAUACUGAAGUAUUUAUCUUCAUAUGGAUCGCCAUUUUUGGCGAAGAUUGGGGAUUUUCACUCUAUGACGUUUAUUGCCUUUUUUUGAAAAAUUACUUAGUAAGCUGUUUACCGAUGCUCAGUGAACAGGACAAGGGUUCACGUUGUAUUUUAAUUUAAUUUAAUUUUUUUAUUUAUGUGCCGGUUCUUUCGGAUUUUAAUCGAUCAGAAAGACGAUGUAUAAAUUCAUCUACAAAACCACGUGUUCCCUUGUCCUUAUGUAUCUUUGUACUUACGUGAGAGUCGCCGCAUCUACAAAACAAGUCAGUACUUAGUUGGCCCCUAAGCUUUUGCUCAUUCUUACGCUGAUAUGAGGAUCUAUAAAAAUGACGUUUUGAAGAUCAGAUAUAGAUCGAAAGGACGAGAACAAACAAAAAUGUGGUAAGGCAGCCCAAUUGACUAAAAAGGAAAAGUUUUUUUUUUGUUAAGUUUGGAAUAGAAGUGGAGAUUUAGAAUACCUUGGAAGAACACAAAAAAAACUAAAAUGAGGCAAGGACCUCCAUCAGUAUAUUCGCUCUGAUAAUCAAUCUGUUUUUUUUUAUGAGCACGUGGAAGCUUAAGGUGAAUAAGAUAGAAGUGUUGGAGAGACACGAACGAGUCCACAGCUCACAGAAGAAUCAUUUUUCUCCAGGUAGGGGAUCAAUGUGGCUGAAUUCAAAGGAGUAGGAAUAGGCGUUUGUACGCAAAGCAGGAAAUAGAAAAUAAAAGGGAAGAAAUAUUAUUUCUUCCUUUUCUCAUCACUUCAAAUCCUAUCUUAUCAUGGAUGCUAGUGUAAGAAACUACGAUUCAUUUUGCAAAAAGAAGUAGCACCAUAAAGCUAAAGUUAUGAGAUACAUGUAUGUGAACAGAACCACAGACAUAAAAGUAGAAUAGACUCCUGAAGAUUGCUACACAAGAAAAAGAUCUCCAGAAAAUGAAAGUUCAAAGGAGGAUUCUAUGAAAGGUUUCUGAAAGCGUUUUCAAAUUUUCUCUUCGUUUCUACCUCUUCAACUGGAUUUGUGUAUGGCUAGAAAUAAAAUAUUUCACAUCUUCAUGAAAUUAUAGAGAUCACUUCUGAAACUUGUAACCUCGACCAAGUGGUCCAUUCCAUCAGUCUCAAAGCUGGAGGGUUAAGCAUCACCAAUCAGGAAAAAACACUCCCUUCCUAUUGACCUAAAUUUAUUGCAUGAUGGCCGGAUCUCCUAAUCAGAUUUAAGGGACUUAUUGCUUCCUGGGAGACCUAUCCAGAUUAUUUUCCUUGUUCGUUGUGUUGCCAAACGUAUUGCCGAAGGCAUUGUUGUGUCAUAAACAUCCUAUGGAUGAACAUAUCUUUGAAAACGGAAUUGGGCCGGAAACUACAGUGUGGGAUGCUCAUUUUUAGUGAUGAAACUGCUGGAUUUUGAAAAAGCUCGGUUUUUGAGAUUUUCUCUCUUUUGGCUCCUUUGUAUGGUUUGUGGUUGAUGUUAGUAAGUUUUAGUAUUGCAGCUUAUGACUGAGUUAAUGUGAACUAUUGUGAAUUGAGGUUCCUACCUUCAAUAUGCAGGCGAGUUAAUUAUUUAUAUAUCUUCUAACGUAAGUUUUGCAUGAACCUUGCCAAAUGUUUGCAUUACUCCCCCUUUUCCUUUCCUCCGGUAAUUUAUUUUCUACCUGUUGGGGACUUAAAUCCGAGGAGAACCCCCUGUUGUAUGGUCAUAUUUCUAGUUUGAACCUAAUAUCAAGGAGCCAUUAGCUGCUAUUCAGACUUUCGUUUUUGGUGAACAACUGCUCAUUUGAUGAUCCAGAUGAUCAUCUAUUCAAAGAAAAUCUUCAUCAGACUUCACCUCAGAAUUUUUCUGUUAGUGAGAGUCACAGCCACGGAGAGGUUCCUGGAGAGAAGGCAGUCAUUUAAUGUGAAGCUGUUUGAUUUUGGUGCACCAUGAAAGAAUGAUAGAUAUCAUGAUCUGUAGUAUAACUGCAGUCAUACCUAUUAUUUUCGUCUGUUCACAUUCAAGGGCCCGUUGUACUUUUCUCCAAUCCAACUGAAUUACUGAUAACCCCUCCUGUUUAUCAGUUGGACGUUUAGAUCCCUGAAAGCUUUCAUACUCUUACUUUUUAGUCCAAUCCAUCACAUUUAACAUAGAAUUAUGUGCAAAAAAGACUUGAUCACCCUCAUGCUUUAUAACCAUCACGAGAAGUUUUUAGUCUUUUUCUAUGUAAAUUUAUUUUUUAAAUAUAAAUAAUUAUGAGAGUUUUCAGGGACCUAGAGUCCAACCGAAAAGAGAUAAGGGCUAUUCAAUAAUUCCAUCCAUUUGCCUGCAACCUAUUUUUUUUCCAUAAAUUAAUUAAAUAAAAAUAUUUAUACCAUAUCAGCAGCUGUUCAGUUCGUCACCUGUUUUAACUUCUUUUACCGUUUUUGAAUCUUUGGAUGGAAAAAAAUCUUGAUGUGAGUUUUUCUUAGUACACAGUAAUUUCAUCAUCUGGGGAUUCUCUCUUCUCCCCUCCUGCAGGGUCUACGACCAGAUGCCGGAGCCCCGCUGGGUGAUCUCCAUGGGCAGCUGCGCCAAUGGCGGCGGGUACUACCACUAUUCCUACUCGGUGGUCCGCGGCUGCGACAGGAUCGUCCCCGUUGACAUCUACGUGCCCGGUUGCCCACCCACUGCCGAAGCUCUCCUAUAUGGAAUCCUCCAGCUCCAGAAGAAGAUUAACCGGCGGAAGGACUUCCUCAUGUGGUGGACCAAGUGA